AUGGACUAUUACUUCCACUGCUGUGAGUGUGUAGCUGGAACCGUCAUCAUUGCGUCGGAGUGGAGUUGCCGAAGCAGCCCUGAUGGGGCGCAGGAGGAAAGCGGGAACGGAGAGGGACUGCCAGAUGGGGCUGACCGUGGAUUGGAUGGCGACCCUGAAGGCGUCUGGAGUCCAGACAUCGAGCAGAGCUUUCAAGAAGCGCUGGCCAUCUACCCUCCAUGCGGGAGGAGAAAGAUCAUACUUUCAGAUGAGGGCAAGAUGUAUGGUCGAAACGAGCUGAUAGCUCGCUACAUAAAGCUUCGAACUGGGAAGACACGUACUCGCAAACAGGUAUCUAGUCACAUUCAAGUUUUGGCACGUAAGCGGGUACGUGAGUACCAGGCGAGCAUCAAGGUCUCUAGUCACCUGCAAGUGUUGGCCAAGAGAAAGUCUCGUGAAUUUCAGUCUAAGCUGAAGGCCAUGAACUUGGAUCAGGUAUCCAAAGAUAAGGCACUCCAGACAGUGGCCAACCUGUCGUCGGCUCAGAUUGUGUCAGCGAGUGUAAUGAAACCUCAGACUCCCUUCCCUCCACCAGUCAGAUACUGGCCUGGCCCCGUCCCAGGACAGCCUGGACAUUCUCAGGACAUCAAGCCCUUUGCACAGCCUCCGUACACUACACUACCAGCGCCUGUCCCUCCACCAAUCAGUUAUGAAACGUUGCCGCCACCUCGGCCUACAGCGAUCGCUGCUCCUGUAUGGCAAGACAGAACCAUCGCUUCUGCAAAACUACGUUUACUCGAAUACUCUGCUUUUAUGGAGACUCAAAAAGACAGAGACACGUAUAAACACCUUUUUGUUCAUAUUGGACCGUCAAAUCCAGGCUACAGCGACCCGGUUUUGGAGUCUAUAGAUGUGAGACAGAUUUACGACAAGUUCUCAGAAAAGAAAGGAGGCCUGAAGGAGCUGUACGAAAAGGGGCCUCACAAUGCGUUCUUUCUCGUUAAGUUCUGGGCGGAUCUGAGCGGUGACAUUGAGGAGGGCCCUGGCGCAUUUUAUGGAGUGAGCAGCCAGUACAGUGGGACCGAAAGCAUCACCGUCAGUGUUUCCACAAAGGUUUGCUCUUUCGGAAAACAGGUGGUGGAGAAAGUUGAGACAGAAUUCGCUCAAUUAGAGGGAGGAAAGUACAUCUUCCGCAUCCAUCGUUCACCUAUGUGUGAAUACAUGAUCAACUUUAUCCACAAACUCAAGCAUCUGCCGGAGAAAUACAUGAUGAACAGUGUACUUGAGAACUUCACCAUCCUGCAGGUGGUGUCCAACAGAGAGACCCAGGAGACUCUGCUGUGCAUCGCCUUCGUGUUUGAAGUGUCCACAAGCGAACAUGGAGCUCAGUACCAUGUGUAUCGCCUUGUUAAUGACUAGCAGCAUGUCUAGUGCAAAGACUCAUCUGACUUUUGAUACAAAUGGCUUAAAAACACUAUUUCCAGCUCGGCACACAGAGCCCCAACUCCUUUACUCUGAACACACUCGUCUUUUUUUUUUUUUUUGUUUUGUUUUGACCAACCGUCACACUUUAGUCGUACCUUUUGCUUGUUUGAUGUGUACGUUAUUCAGGCGUCAAAACAGCAACAUCCCACAACGUGCCAACUGUCAUUGCUUUACUUUCUCUUCAUUUUCUGUUUUGUUUGCUUGUUAAGUUAGAAACAUGAGUUUGUUGACAUGGAGCGAAACACUGCAGAAAAGAAAAGAAUUGGAAAAACGGUCUCAGAACUCCAUCCGGGGACUUUUUGUUGUCUGGUUAAAGCAUUUUUGAUCAGCGGGAUUGAUGCUGAGGUCAAGCAUGUUUUUAACAUCUUGGACAGGACUGACGUAAGACGAGUUUAAGCAUACGUUUUCUAAACAAAGUGAUUUUAGUGAGUGUCAUUGUAACCUGCCACAUUGGCGUCUUUUAUUGUUUCUGUAUCUUUGAAAGGUACAAAUUCUGUUACGUGAAAAUCAUGGACUUUUAAUCAAUUUGAUCAAAGAUAGGAUGACCUUAUUGCAGACAGUCUGCCUCGUCUCAGACAAUAAUGCACUACAUGUAAAGACGUGCAUGUCGUAUUUAUUUUUUAAACACUAUAAUGUAAGGAGAAAGCAAUACUAUAGAAGCAUUAGUUUAAUUGUUUUCAGUGACGCAUACUGGGGGAGGUAAAACGUAUUGGAAGACUGGCUCCACACUGUUUUGGAAAUAAAGUUCAAAAUUAGUUUCACACUUUUUUUUUAUUAAUAAAAUGUAUUUCUAUUUUUUAAAGAAAAAAGGUUCAUACACAAAAGGACUGUCUUUAAUCUGACUGUGUGGGCUUGCUGGAGUUUUUCUACCUCCACAUGAGUUAAAGAUAAGAAUGUGCUGAGCUGAGGAGCACUGAUGUAUAGGAUGUGUACACUACGUUUGUAAUGGUACUAUGUUUAAACCAAAACAAUAAGAUGUGUUUUGUAAGGUAUUUCUUUUGUAUUUUACCAACACAGUGAGAAAAAUAUGAUGAAAGAUGGAUGUAUAGGCUGGGUCUUCAUGUACGUAUGGUACAGAUUACAUUAUCAUCACUCUAAAGUGGAUUUGGGUAGAUUUUUACCUGUCAACACUAACAAACUUCAUCUGACACUCUUUUUGUAAAAUAUCUUUGAAACUGGUACACAUGGCUUUUCACUCUGUUUUAUAUAUAGACGGAUAUACACAUAUAAAAACGAGUGGACUGGUUCUGUUUUGAAUUUCAUUUUCGUUGUGGAGUCGACAAAAAGUGCUGCAUUUGUUUCUCUUUGCAUCAUGAUUCCUUUAUUCGAAUCCUCCCAAAGAAAAAAAAAAUCUGUGCCUCUAAGGUGUACCAGUAAAUUCACAUGUUGUUUGAGUCAGAGCGAGGAGACAAGUUAUCAUUUUUAAUGAAUUUUCAAAUAAAAAUCUAAAAGUGAAGUUCUUCA